CUCGGAUUUACUCUUGACGUUUCACUGCGGAUUCCAUUUGGUGACACGACACAUGAAGUAUGCACGGAGGGGUAAUACUUUCGGCCUGUAAUACUUUCGGCCUGUAAUACUUUCGGGUGCAAACUUCGUUCCUCAGGGGAAUAAUCUAUCCAAUCGGAUACGAGGAAAGGACAAAGGAAAGAGGUCGUGGCGAACUACCGAUUUCCGGGAAGACUCGGAACCAAUCAAAUCUGAGAAAAGGACAAAGUCAAAUCCGUCAAACCAUGUGCUUUCGUAAAACGUUUGGGUUGCAUCGUAUCGUCCUGAUUUCGUUCGUCAAGCCAGGGUGUAUUAUUGCUUGCAAGGCAAUGGAAGAACAAAAAGAAGAGAUUGUUGGUUUCUUACACAAUGUGUCUCCAACUAAAAAAAGUAGCAAGACAUCUUACUUUGACAUGUCCAUACAAACCACCGAUGGCUUAGUAAGAGGAGUCUGCUUCUCCGGAAGUAAACAGGAACACUUUGAUCAAAUGAGCAAAAGGAAAUCUCCAAUAAAACUUCGAAAUUUUAGAAUUGAAAGAGCAGGAGAUGCAACCACAGUACUGAUGAAUAACAAUGUACUGUUAGAGCCUACAAAAGAAAUACCUUUUUCAAGAAUUGAGUUGCCAAGUGCCAACAAUAUCCAAUCAAUUUCAGCUGCAAACACAAAUCAAAGUAUCACCAUCACAAAAAAGCCAAACUUAUUCAGAUGUCAUCAACAAAAAAAGUGAAGACAGAGGAUGGUGAAAAAAAAAAGUUGUUUGCCUAUCUUGUGGACCCACAUGGAGCCAUUAAGGUGACACUUUGGGAACAAUUCUGUGGAUCUCAUUAAUCCUGCUGAUUAUUUCUGUUGCGUUACAUUUCUGAUACAUUUCAUUUCAAUUAAAAGACAAACACUUCAAAAUACUUUUAAAAGUAUAUUCACCUAUUAGUUACUUGAACACAACAAUGUAAAUAUACUAACUUUGUUUUACCUAUGUUUUGUUCCAAAUUGAUUGCAUAUUACCAUUAAAUGAAAAACAUAAUGAUUUCCUAGGAAUUAUUACAACCAGAGACUUUUUCUUGCUUUGCAAAACUGCUACUGCGUUUGCAUUACAGUUGUCUUGUGUUACAAAGACUUCAGAUACUAUUCAAUUUUGUUAAAAACUAUUGGCUGUUGUAUUUCAAUUCUUUGAUUUAAAUAUUCUGCUACAAAAUAAAAGA